CUCUCUCUCUCUCUCUUUUCUUUCUUUUUCUAUUUUUCUUUUUUUCUAUUUUUAUCUAGAAGGAGCAUUACUGGUAGCAAAAAGACUAGCUUGAAGUAGAAGGAUAUAGAAGCCAAUUAAAUGUUCACAAUAAUCCAAGAAAAGAUGAGGAAAAAAGAGGAAUCUGGAAUUCCCCACAGAAACAAAGGAAAAACGCAUUUGUUUUGCUAAUAAAGCAUAAAGUGCUUGUAGGGAAGUCACUCAGGUGAUGCUGAAAACGUUGGCUGGGCCAGAUUGCUAGCAUCCUAAACUCUGGACAGUAGGAAACCUCAAGUUACCCUAAAGUUGGUCUUGAAUUACCCUGUAGCAGGAGGAACUAAAUUUGUAUUUUAGAAAAAAUUUUCCUGGAUAUUGAAGAUUAGAUCCAAAAGUCAAAUUAAGAGGGAUUUGCUGAAUGGGUUGUUAAUGGAAAUGUAAUAAGAGCCAAGCAGAUAGCAUAGGUAAGUAAAUUGAAUAGUGAAAAGUUGGAAAGGAAACAGUAUGGGCUAAUAUUUUAAAAAUCUAUUAGCAAUUGUUAGCUACAGACAGAGCUAAAAGUGUUUCCUGUUUUCCAGAUGAGAUAAUUGAGUAUUUGUAUGAAAUGAAAAGACCAUAGAUAAGGAGAACUGUAUAUUUAAGAAAAGAUAGGUUAGAGAACAAUCCCCAAGUGGAGGUAGAUGGUACAGAGAGGAGAGUGUGGAAGAAUUAAUUCUGAACUGGGAAGAAGUAGAGUAAUGCAGACUGUUGAUGCACCUAAACACAUGUUUUAAGAGUAAAUUCUGGCUUGCAUUUUCUAGACGGGGCAGAGAAUAGAUAAGGACCACUUUGAGGGUAGUGGCUUGGAAUUAGCUGUGGUGUGGGAAUGGUGUGGGAAACUGACAAGGAACCUCUCAGUGUUUUCCAAUGGCCGUCUGCUGAUAUUCGAAACCCCAGUGACUCCAGUACUUCCCUCUCACAGGCUAGGUAAAGGAGGAGAAAAGGUGACUGUGAAUCUAUCGAAGGUAACUAAUUUGUAAGUCAGGAAAAGGUGAAAGGAGAUAGAGAUGUGAUCAGAUAUUGAAAUUUUGAAAUUAUCUCAAAAGUGGGAUAGUACCAGUCAAAAAAAUAGGAAGAGUGCAAGGCUGAACUGAAAUGGAGGUUCAAUGGCAAUUGAAUAAUUAAUAGAGAUUGUUAGAGAUUUCUUUCAAAAUGUACAUAUUCUUCAAAACCAUCUAUACACUUUUUUUUCUAGUCAGAUGAUUAUAACACGUAGUGUGCCAGUGGCUUCUCUGACAAAAACAUCUCGAGCAGUGAUGAUGAUAGAGCCUGCAGGGCCAUCCCAGACUGUGUCCCCUGUGCUUGGCGAGAUACACAAAAUUGUUUCUGAAUGGGAGCUAGCUCAGUUGGCUAAGGUUCGACCAUUAAUAUUUGGUUUUAAUGGACAAACAACCAUCAAGGAUUGUUUGAAAAUGCUUGAGAAAAAAGUAGCAGAGUAUGAUAUCAUCAAGAAGUUUACGAUGGGAGCUAAGCACUUUGUAAAACACAUGCAGUUCAUCAAGUGGCCAGACCAUGCCACUCCUGCCUCAGCAGAAUAUUUCAUAGAAUUUGUUUGUAAUGUGAGGAAGAGCUACCUUCCAGGACCCCUGAUUGUUCACUGCAGGGCUGGUGUAGGCCGCACGGGAGUGUUUCCAUGUCUGGAUGUUGUAUUCUACGGGGAGCGACAAGUGACCCACAUGAGACAGCAGCGUCGUGGCGUGAUUCAGACGAAGGAGCAAUAUAGCUUUUGUUACAAAGUUGUGCUUGAAGUUCUUCAGAAGCUUUUCACUUUGGGUUAA